UCCACAUGGUAUUAUAAAUAGAACAACAUUGAACAUAGAUUUAUUCAUCACAUAUCAUAGUUAGCACUAUAGACAAAAAUAUUCAACUAUGGCUACCCUCAUUGCUCCCAUCAACCAUCUCCCCCAUGAAGAUGCUGAAGCUCUAAGAAAAGCUUUUGAAGGAUGGGGUACUGAUGAGAAAACUGUGAUAACAAUUCUUGGUCAUAGAAACUCUAAUCAGAUACAACAAAUCAGAAGAGCUUAUGAAGAAAUUUAUCAAGAGGAUCUUAUCAAAAGAUUGGAAUCUGAACUCAAAGGAGAUUUUGAGAAAGCCGUGUACCGUUGGAUACUCGAACCUGCGGAGCGUGAUGCUGUUUUGGCUAAUGUUGCUCUCAAGAGUGGCAAAAACUACAAUGUCAUUGUGGAAAUUUCAACUGUUCUCUCCCCUGAAGAGCUUUUUAAUGUGAGACGCGCGUACAUCAAACGCUACAAGCACUCCUUGGAAGAAGAUGUGGCUGCUCAUACCUCCGGCCCUCUUCGCCAGCUUUUGGUCGGGCUAGUGACUGCAUAUAGGCAUGUUGGUGAUGAGAUCAAUGCAAAAUUGGCACAAACUGAAGCUGAAAUUCUUCAUGAGGCUGUGAAAGAGAAGAAAGGAAGUCAUGAAGAAGCUAUAAGGAUCUUGACUACCAGAAGCAAGACUCAAUUGAUUGCGACUUUCAAUCGUUACAGAGAGGCUCAUGGUACUUCCAUCACUAAGAAGCUGUUGGAUGAAAAAUCUGAUGAUUUUCAAAAGGCAUUGUAUACCACCAUUCGUACUUUCAAUGAUCAUGUUAAGUACUAUGAAAAGGUGGUGCGAGAUUCAAUCAAGAAGCUAGGAACCGAUGAGGAUGCACUCACCCGCGUGAUUGUGAGCCGGGCACAACAUGACCUAAAAGUCAUCUCAGAUGUUUAUUACAAGAGAAACAGUGUUCUUCUUGAGCAUGUUGUGGCUAAGGAAACCUCAGGGGAUUACAAGAAGUUCCUUCUCACUCUCUUGGGGAAAGAAGAUUAAGUUUUCCUUUUCUCUAGCGGCAUUUGUGCUUAUGAGUUUAAUUAAGACAUAAAGUUAUGAUGGUAUUAUCUAUGUUGGUUUAUCUUGUUGAGUGUGGUUUUAGUUUUAAUUUGUUUUAUGAGACCUUGAAUUUCUAUCUUAUUUUAUAGUUGUAUGGUAUGUUUGAUGGUUUCUUAAUAAUACAUGAGGAACAAGCUCAAAAAAGAUGUCUCAAUGUUUGUAGAAAA